AUGGAUGUCUUUGGCGUGCCUUUGGUGGCACCAACUUCGUCGUAUCAUCGACUUCUCUUGGAUCCACCGGAAACCUUCGUCUCACAUGCGGAGGAGCAGUUCAGGGAUGGAGGAGACCACUAUUGGACUGCCAAGAAUGUGAGCUAUUUCGACACAUAUGUGACAGAAGCUGCUUCCAUGGGCACCAGGCGCCUCUACUUCUCCCUGAUGCGGUUCUGCCGAGUCCUUGGUCAUUGCAACAAGCGCUUCAAGCAUGUGAGCGAGCAGUUGUGGACAGGACAUACGCCUGCGGCGAAGCUGUCGCAGAGCGCAUUGGGCGUGUGCCUCCGCGGCAUUCAAGCAUUCAAAGUGCGGAAAAACUACUUCACGGAAAAACUUGCAGAAGAUGCCUGGGGAAUGAUCACAGAAGCUCUGCAAAGCUACCAGAGCCACUUAAGGAGCAUUGUGGACAUUCUGCAGCAGAGGAAGGGAUUCAAUGUCGCUGUGUGGCUCCAGGCGUCCAUCGCGGUCGCGGCGGCGCUGCGCGACUACGGCACCUCCGUCUUCGAAAUGGCUCGUCUGCGGCAGAUCUAUCAGCUGCCACCGUGGCCGUGGGUCUUUCACGCUCGCCCAGGGACCAUGAGAUGGCAUGUGCUUCAACAGCUGAUCAUUGAUUACCACAUGCCGAAGCCUCGAGUGGUUGAACUGGGUGUGGAGCGCGGCAUUCUCAGUGAGGAGCUCUUGAAGGUGCCCACAUUGAGUCUACUGGGUAUUGAUCCAUACAUUUACAACAAUGAGUUCUACUCUUCGUCCCAUCGAUUUGAUGCGCAACCUCACUAUGAUGCCGCAGCCCUGGUCCCUGGCGUCCGCGCGGACGCGCGCGCUGCGCGGCUGUAUGUGGGGACUUCGCGAGAGGCGGCGGAAGAUGACACGCUGAAAGGCGAAUGGUCUUCGAUUGAUUUGUUGUUUAUUGAUGCUGACCACAAGAUGAUGUCAGUGCUGGAGGACUUGAACCUGUGGUAUUCUCGUGUGAGGCCGGGUGGCUUGAUCGCCGGUCAUGACUUUGCUGUAGCUCACGAUGGUGUGCAGCGCGCAGUGAUCCACUGGAAGCCCGUUGGUCGGGUGCUACAUCUGAGCCACGAUGAUGUUUGGUGGUUCGAGAAGAGCGACGCAGACUUCAACCAAAGCCGUUCGAAGAGAAGACAAAAGGGAGCUGUUGGAAGAGACGUCACGAAAGCUGCAGUGGUGGUACAGCUCUUCCAAGUGGGAUAUUUCUAG